AUGAAUGGGCUAUAUGAUAUAAAAGAAUCCAGUGUAAUUGAUGAGGAAAUGCUGCAAAAGGCAGUUGAGGAGCAGGGCCCUCAAGAGCAGGCUGGGCGUAUAGCCAAAGAAGAGGGCUUAAAGUACGACAAAGUGACUCAACUGCGCCUGGACUACAGAAACAUCUUAAAGAUAAACUAUUUAUGGCAGUUUAUAUCUCUAACCAAGCUUCAACUCGACAAUAAUAUAAUUGAGAAGAUUCAGGGAUUAGAAACGCUCACUAACCUGGUAUGGCUUGACUUGUCCUUCAAUAAUAUUGAGGUGAUUGAAGGGUUGAAUACACUCCUGAAACUUCAGGACCUGAGUUUGUUCAACAAUCGCAUUUCUGUAAUAGAGAACAUGGACACACUUCAAAACCUGCAGAUCCUCUCCGUUGGUAACAAUUUAAUCUCGCAGCUUGACAAUGUAAUAUACCUAAGAAAGUUUAAAAACCUGCGUACGCUUGACCUUGCUGGAAAUCCAGUCUGCAAAGAUGAAAACUACAAACAUUUUGUGGCUGCGUACCUGUCAGACCUGGUUUACCUCGACUACAGGCUACUAGAUGAACAAACUAGAGAAAAAGCACAGUACCAGUAUCAGAGUGCAAUUGAGAAGAUACAACACAAUGAACUGCAGGAGCAGAAAGCAACGGAGACUCAGGAAAAAAUGGAACAAGAUCUUCAGCUGCAUAAGGAUGCAUUUGUGGAAUAUUUGAAUGGGUCUCAUCUAUUUGACAGCAUGUUUGUGGAUGAUGUUGAGGCAUCCAAGUUGACACACCUUCCUGGAGUUGCUCCAUUCCUGGAAUCAUACCAGAAACAGUUGGCGGCAUUGUGUAUGCAGAUUUUUGAAGCAGGUUUAACACAGCAUACUCAAAGGCAGAAUGAGGUAGAAUGCUUCUUCACCUGUUUCCAAAAGGCCAGGGCUGACAAUCAGCAAAGAGGAGCUCAAAUAGUAGCGGACUUUGAGAGGUCCAGGAGACAGGUGAUGGUUGAGAUUCAGCAGGCCGAAGACCACAGUUUGUUGAAGGUCAGAGUCGGAAAUGAGAUCAUGCAGCUUCGUGACACUCUCCUGACCCUGGAGCUGCAACUAGUGGCUCAGUUAGAGGACAUCAUUAAAGAGUUUGAGAGAAACAUCACAGACAUGGUUGGAGGGUUUGCCGAAUACGUGCAAGGCAUAUUUGCUCAGUGUCGAGAUCUGGAGACUCACCAUCACGAGAAAGUGCUUGACAUUGCUGUGGCAACACUGGACAGAGUGGCGAAGAAUGAACCGGGGGAGGAUUUGUCUGAUGUCAUGCACUUGCUCUUUGUAGACAAAGACACGAUGAUCAACACGGUCAACGCGUCACAUGACACACACCUGCUGAAGAUUGACAACAGAGAGGAUGAGCUUUUGACACGGCUCAGUGGCUGGAAGAGUGCAGUAAUGAAGUCGAUACAUGAUGAUGAGGUUAAAAGGAAUCGCAAACGCAUCUCAGAAAUCCAUAAAUAUGUUGAUUAUUCUUUGGAGAAGCUCGAGGAGACACUAUUGCCUGAUGACCAGUAG